AUGGCGGCCAGCCUCGUGCUGUGGAUGGGAACUCUGCUCCAGGUUUGUCACGCCGCCGUUUACACCAAUGAGUGGGCGAUGAAGAUUCGAGGAGACCCCGAGUCUGUGGACAGGAUGGCAGACAAGCAUGGAUUCGUUAACCUGGGUCAGAUUGGAGACCUAAGGAGUUAUUACAGUUUCCUCCACCGCGGGACGGCCAAUCGCUCCACCGCCGGCAACAAAGAGGUGACCGCCGCCAUCGCCAAGGAGACAGAGGUGGAGUGGCUGCAGCAGCAGGAGGUCCUGAGAAGAGCAAAGAGGAGCUCCAGAUCCAGUCGCAUCUUUUCCACUGAGGCUGAGGCCGGGCGCCGCCCCCUUUCCCAGCAGCCGGCGUGGAGCAGCCUGCGGUACAUCCGCUGCGGCGGCGAGUCGGGCGGCUGCCGGUCUGGUGUGAACGUGGCGGCGGCCUGGAGGAGGGGGUACUCUGGGAGGGGUGUGGUGGUGUCUGUCCUGGAUGAUGGCAUUGAGACAGAGCAUCCGGAUCUGAAGCCAAAUUAUGAUCCUUCUGCCAGCUAUGAUGUGAAUGGACAAGACCCAGACCCGUCUCCAGACUAUUCCAGCGACGCUGCCAACUUCCACGGGACCCAGUGUGCAGGACUGGUUGCUGCAGCAGCGAAUCACUCUGUGUGCACCGUCGGGGUGUCUUUCAAUGCACGGAUCGGCGGCAUCCGCAUGCUGGGCGGAGACGUGACGGACCGGGUGGAGGCCCAGGCCCUGAGCUUCGGAACGCACCAUAUUGACAUCUUUUUGUCCGUCUGGGGGCCCGAGGACGACGGGGCCACUUUGGGGGGGCCCGGGCCUCUGACCCGUCUGGCUCUCCAGAACGGCGCUCGAGCAGGCCGGAACGGGCGGGGCUCUGUGUUCGUCUGGGCUUCGGGAAGCGGAGGGCGGAGAGGUGACCACUGCUCCUGUGACGGGUACAGCAACAGCAUCUACACCAUCUCCAUCAGCAGCGGCGGUCCCGGCGGAGACCCACCGGACGACCUGGAGCGCUGCGCCGCCACGCUGGCAGCGGCCUCCGGCGGCGAGGACGACCGGGACGCAGUGACCUUGGGGCCGGGGCGGAGCUGCAGCCGGGCCGGUCCGGGGCCGGUCCAGUCGUCCUCCGUGGCCGCCGGAGUCAUCGCUCUCGCUCUGGAAGCAAACCCCUCGCUCACCUGGAGGGACGUGCAGCACAUCAUCGUCCGGACCUCCAGACCUCAUCGUCUCCGGGCCCCUGACUGGCAUGUCAACGGCGCCGGUCACAAAGUGAGCCACCUGUACGGCUUCGGCCUGCUGGACGCCGGCGCCAUGGUGGCGGAGGCCGAGCGCUGGGAACCGCUGCCUUCACAACACCGAUGCGAGGAGGAGGCCGACAUCCAGCCCAGCAGGGUCCUCCACCCCGGCUCCACGCUGACGUCCGUGCACCAGUCCACAGGCUGCGCCGGCGCCGUGGCGUUCGUGGAGCACGUGGUGGCGCGCCUCAGCGUGGCCCACCGCCGCCGCGGCGACCUGUCCAUCUGGCUCACCUCGCCUGCAGGCACCGUGUCGGAGCUGCUGGCUAACAGGCCUCUGGACGGCUCGCCGGAGGGAUUCCAGGACUGGGACUUCCUGACGGCUCACUGCUGGGGGGAGCGGGCGGCCGGGCCGUGGACUCUGAGCGUCCAGGAUGCUUCCCGUGACAGGAGCGGCGGCGGGGAGGCGGGCGCGUUGCACAAAUGGUCGCUGGUGAUCUAUGGAACCGCCGAGCAGCCGCGGCCCGAGCGCCGUCUGCGGGCCCGAUCCGCCGAGGCCGACCCGGAGCCGGCGGAGGAGUACAGCGGACCCUGCGACCCCGAGUGCAGCGAGGACGGCUGCGAGGGCCCGGGCCCGCGGCAGUGUGUCACAUGCCUGCACUUCUUCCUCAAGUUCAAGAACAACACAAGGCUGUGCGUGCCGGAGUGCCCCCGGGGCUUCUGGGCCGACCGCCGGCGCUGUAAGAGGUGCUACUCCUCGUGCGAGAGCUGCUCGGGCAGCCGCAGCGACCAGUGCAGCUCCUGCCAGCCGGGCCACCACCUGACGGAGGGGGCCAACACCUGCAGCCCCGCCUGUGCAGAGGACUCCUACCUGGACCACGAUCUCAACAUGUGCAGGAAGUGCAGUGACAACUGCUGGAAGUGCUCCUCCCUCAGCAUCUGCACCGAGUGCCGAGCCGGCUCCAGUCUGCAUGGGAACCGGUGCCAGCGGAGCUGCGAGGCCGGCUCCUACCACGACGAGGAGGACGGCUCCUGCAAGCCCUGCCACCAGGCCUGCGCCACCUGCGCAGGAGCCGGGGCCGGGUCGUGUCAGAGAUGUGCAGAAGGCUUCCUGAUGGAGGAGUGGAGGUGUGUGUCGUCCUGCAGUCCUGGAUUCUACGCCGUGCAGCUGGAGACAGAGACAGCUGAUCACAAGACGUGCAGGAGGUGUGACGCCAGCUGUCUCACCUGUGUGGGGCCCAGCCGGGGGAACUGCAGCAGCUGCUCCGGCGGUCACAGCCUGCAGGACGGAGUGUGUGUGAGCAGCGGCUGUUCAGACGGACAGUUCCGGGACGCCGACGGGACGUGCCACUCCUGCCAUGCAACGUGCGUGAAGUGCACGGGGCCGCAGAGCCAGGACUGCAUCAGCUGUGCCUCUUCACGGGCUCUGGACGGGGGCCGCUGCGUGGCGGCGUGCGCCCGGGGCAGGUACGAGUCGGGCGGCCGCUGCCACCUGUGUGACCACACCUGUGAGUCGUGCGUGGAGGGCGGAGCCGCCAACUGCAGCAGCUGUGACACCGAUAAGUUUGGCGUGGAGCGGUACCUGCACGGCGGCCGGUGUGUGGACGCCUGCCCCGAGGCCUUCUACCACACGGCGGAGCGGCGCUGCGAGCCGUGCUCGCCGCACUGCCGCCGCUGCUCCGGCACCGCCCGCUGCCUGAGCUGCCACUCCCCGUACUACGUCUCCGACGGGCGCUGCGCCAAGCCGGAGUGUGGGGAAGGCGAGGUGGAGGACCCGGAGUACGAGGACUGCAUGGCGUGCCAGGAGGGCUGCCGCAAGUGUGCCCUGUAUAACCCCCGCCACUGCCCGUCCUGCGUCCCGGGCUUCUACAGUUUCCAGGACGCCUGCUACAAGUACUGCCCGGCCAAGACGUACAGCGUGGACGGCCAGAUGACCUGCGUCCCGUGUGACGACAACUGCAUGAACUGCGACGAGCACGAGUGCUACUGGUGCGAGACGGACCUCUUCCUGUCAGAGGGACGGUGUGUGUCCGUGUGUCCCGACGGCUUCUUCGCCGAUGAAGACACCAACAACUGUGAGGAGUGCCACUCGGACUGCGAGACGUGCGGCGGCCCCGAGGAGACGGCCUGCCUGUCCUGUGAGGACGGGAAGACGCUGGAGGACGGAGCGUGCGUGUCCCUCCUCGACGCCUGUCCCAUCAGGACGUUUCGCAGCGACGACGGGGCGUGUGAGGACUGCCACCCUUCCUGUGAGUCCUGCUCCGGAGAGGAGAAGAACCGCUGCACCCGGUGCGCUCCAGGGCGCUUUCUGACGGCGCAGCAGACGUGUGUGUCCAAGUGUCCGGCCGGCUUCCUGUCCGGCCGUGCGAGCGGAGUGUGUGAGGCGUGUCCGGCCGGCUGCCUGCAGUGUGUGGACGCCCAGCGCUGCCUGCGCUGCCUGAGCUCCCGCAGGCCGCCGCUCCUCCUGCAGGACGGGCAGUGUGUGCAGGAGUGUGUCAGGGGUUACCCUGCAGGCGCAGUGUGUCGGAGCUGUGCGCCCGGCUGCUCGUCUUGUGAGGGGAACGCCACACACUGCCUGGGCUGCGACCCGCCGCUGCUGCUGCACGGCCACCGCUGCGUGGAGGCGUGUCCUCCGGCGCACGCCGCCGGCGACGGGGCCUGCCGGCGCUGCCCGGCAGCCUGCCAGGACUGCGACCCGCUGGGAGAGUGCACAGGAUGUGAGGAGUUCCACUUCCUCCUCGACGGUGUGUGUCUGCCGGACUGUCCCGAGAGCUUCUACCCAGACGGCCAGCCAGGCCGCUGCGCCCGCUGCCACCCCGACUGCUCGCUGUGCGACGGGCCCGACGCCGACGGCUGCCAGGCCUGCAGCGACCCGGAGGCCGAGCUGCACCGGGGGGCGUGUCUGCCGGCAUGCCCCGCCCACUCCUACAGGGACGCCGUGACAGGAGACUGCAGAGACUGUCACUCGUCCUGCCUCACCUGUUCGGGGCCCGACGCCGGCUCCUGCAGCGGCUGCAGGGAGGACCGGCGGCCGGACGGCUCGGGGCACUGCGUGCCGCCGCCGGCCGCCUGCUCGCCGCGGCAGUACGCGGAGCGGGACGGGGGCUGCCGGCCCUGCCACAAGCACUGCCACGGCUGCCGGGGCCCCGGGAGGAGCCAGUGCCUGAGCUGCGGCCCCAGACACCUCCUGCUCAAUGGCACCUGCAUGGACGGCUGCCCGGAGGGUUACUACGAGGACGGGCGGCGAUGCCGGGCCUGCCACGCCGCCUGCCAGUCCUGCGUCGGAGAACACAGCCACCAGUGUCUCGUCUGCGCAGCUCACUUUUUCCGAGAGGGCAAGGAGUGUGUGGAAAGCUGCCAGCACGGUCACUAUGGAGACGCCGCCUCGCGGGCGUGUGAGCGGUGCGACCCGAGCUGCGGGGAGUGUCUGGGCGGCGGCGAGGACGGCUGCCUGAGCUGCUCGCCGGGCCUCCUCUUCCUGCGCAGGGACGGCCGCUGCGCCCCCUCCUGCCCGCCCGGGCACUACCACGACGGCGAGCACCGCACCUGCGAGCCCUGCCACGCCAGCUGCAGGACGUGCUCCGGACAAGUGUCUCACUCGUGUGACUCGUGUUUUCCUGGAUUCCAGUUGUCGGAUGGAAGGUGUGAGUCCAUGUGUGAUAUGGGCCAGUACCCUGCAGCCAAGGGUUCAGGUCACUCCUGUGAGGACUGCCACCCCUCCUGCCUGGAGUGCCAGGGCUCCGGACCCCACAACUGCACCAUGUGUCCUGCUCAGGCCAUCCUGGACGCCAGGGGGCGCUGUCUGCUCUGCUGCCACCACCGUGAGGAGGGGGAGGAGGGGCUGCAGCAGCAGGAAUGCUGUAACUGCACUGAGACCCGAGGAGAGUGCAUCCUCAGCACCAACCUGCCGUUCAGGAACGAGGAGGACGAGGAGGAGCGAGGCAGCCUGACCAUCUUCAUCCUGGCCUGCGUGCUGCUGGCGCUGGGCCUGGUGGCCGUCGUCUUCCUCGUCCGUCAUUCGCGCUCCAAGAGCCGGCCGUCGGACCUCCCGCCGCGCGGCUACGAGAAGCUGGGCUCCGGCGGCUACAGCUCCGCCUCCACGGCGUCGUACGGUGGCCGGGCCGGCUCCUCCUCCCGCGAGGCCCAGCUGGUGGACCUGGGCGAGCGGCGGCGGGGGAACGAGGACGACGAGGACGAUGAGGACGAGGACAUCGUGUACAUGGGCCAGGACGGCACCGUGUACAGGAAGUUCCGCUACGGACAGCUGGGGGACGACAACGAGGACGAGCUGGAGUACGACGACGAGAGCUACGCCUUCCGCUGA